GUGUGUGUGUCAGAUCCAGACCCCAGCUCUCCACCUUGUGGUCCGGCUGCAUGCGUCGCUCUCUUUAUUGCUGGAAAUUGGGCAUGGAAAACAAACACACACAACCAGCACAGUUCACUGACACAGGUGGUCGGGGCUAAAUAUAUGUGCUGCUAUAAAUAACCCAAACUAAAAAUAUACAAAAAAAGAAAAAAGAAAAAGGAGGGAAAAAAAAGAAAGAAAGAAAGAAAGAAAGAAAGGAGACUGGAGGAGGAGAAGAAAAAGAAACCUGUGGAAAACAUGUAGCUGGGGGGUUAAUGUUUAUCAUGAAUAAGUGAGCAGGAAGAAUGAUUUAGUCAGUGGCUUUAAGACAACGCGGCCACGGCCUGACCUAAAAUUAUAGGGCCGCAGAUGCAUAGUCUAAACAUCCGAAGCAACUCGAUAGCUCAGUGGAGAAAGACAGUCAUAUCAUAAUACAGGCAUGUAGGCCUUUAUUGAGUGAGUCAUUCUUUCCGACAGAACACAUUUUCCAUACCCACAUUAGAAAAAAAAAAAAAAAAAAGAAGAAUAAGAUCUAUGAAAACAACGGACAUCACUGAAAUGGGGACGGCGGCCAGUUGGGUUGUCAACAGCAGGUGGGACCGGGCUGAGGUUUUGCAGCAUUUUCUGCAUCAUUAGAGAUUAAAUGUGGGUCUGAGGAGGUGAAAUCAACUAAUUAGGAUUCCUGGGGUUUCAUUUUUAUCUAAAUUGGAGGGUAAUUUGAACUUUUUGCAGACCUAAACCACAUUUCACGCACUUUGUUCCAGCCAUAUGUUUGUUAUAAAUGCAUCAUGUGAGGAUAUUAAAGACAUAAUCGCUUUAAAGGUUUAGUUUUCUGCUCGUGUUUCAGGCUUUAGCUCCAAAAAAGUCUGUCAAAGUGUCAAAGUCUUCUCCGUUAACCUCCACCACGCUCAUACAAACACACACAUAUAUAACAAAACUAAAGAAAAAAAAAAGAAAAGAAGGACACAAAAGCUUUAAUUGCGCCUGCUUCUCAGUGCGCGCUCCCUUUUCCUCUCCCCCCACUCAUUGGCCGGGCGCGCAGCCGAGGGCGGGUCCGUGCCGGUGCGUGAGGUUUAAAACGCUCCGGGGGAACUCACUGCGAAGCACAUUUACCCGACACCGGUCCUCCGGAGACAUGAGGGGAGUCUCGCACUUCACCUUGUUCAAGCCAAAAAAGUAACAGAAAAUAAUAAAUAUAAAACAAGCGCCUCUGGAGGACAGCAGCUGAGGAUAAAAACUAAAAGAAAAAGAGAAAAAAAAAAAAAAACUAAAAGCAAACCCCUGGAUUAUUUUCCUCCAAGCUGAUUUCAACCGGUCCACAAAUGAGAAACAGAUGACGUUGAUGAGGUCCAGUCGCCUGAUGAGAGAGGAGUGACCACUUCAUCCUCCUCUUGUUUCACUCCAUCUAGGGCCCAGCGAGGCCCGCCUCGUUUUGUCACCAUUUCCUCUCCGAGCUGGUCCCCAGAAGUGUUUCAAAACUGUUUCUCCAACGCUUCUUCCAGAAACUCAGACUGUUUUCCAAAGCAGAAGCAGCACAGCCCUCCCAGACUGAGGUGAUGGGAAGCGUGCGAGCCAGCCGCUACAGCAUUGUGUCAUCAGAGGAGGACGGCAUGAAGCUCGCCACCAUGGCAGUGCCCAACGGCUACGGCAGCGGCAAAGGCAAAGUGCACACGAGGCACCAGCCGCAGAGCAGGUUCGUGAAGAAGGACGGCCACUGCAACGUGCAGUUCAUCAACGUGAGCGAGAAGGGCCAGCGGUACCUGGCCGACAUCUUCACCACGUGCGUGGACAUCCGCUGGAGGUGGAUGUUCGUCAUCUUCUGCCUCGCCUUCCUCCUGUCGUGGCUCUUCUUCGGCUGCGUCUUCUGGCUGGUGGCCAUCUUCCACGGGGACUUGGAGAGCGACGGCCAGAAGUGCGUCUCCAACGUGAGCAGCUUCACCGCCGCCUUCCUGUUCUCCAUCGAGACGCAAACCACCAUCGGCUACGGCUACAGAUACGUGACGGACGAGUGCCCGGUCGCCGUCUUCAUGGUGGUUUUCCAGAGCAUCAUCGGCUGCAUCAUCGACGCCUUCAUCAUCGGCGCCGUCAUGGCGAAAAUGGCCAAGCCCAAGAAAAGGAACGAGACUCUGGUUUUCAGCCACAACGCCACGGUGGCCAUGAGGGACAACAAGCUCUGCCUGAUGUGGCGCGUGGGCAACUUGAGGAAGAGCCACCUGGUGGAGGCGCACGUUCGGGCUCAGCUCCUCAAAUCCAGAACGACGGCCGAGGGGGAGUACAUCCCCCUGGACCAGAUGGACAUAGACGUGGGCUUCGACAGCGGCGUCGACCGCAUCUUCCUGGUCUCCCCGAUCACCAUCGUCCACGAGAUCGACGAGGACAGCCCCUUCUACGACAUGAGCAAGCAGGACCUGGAGACCUCCGACUUUGAGAUCGUGGUGAUCCUGGAGGGGAUGGUGGAGGCGACGGCGAUGACCACGCAGUGCCGCAGCUCGUACGUCGCCGGCGAGAUCCUCUGGGGCCACCGCUUCGAGCCCGUGCUCUUCGAGGAGAAGAGCUACUACAAGGUGGACUACUCCCGCUUCCACAAGACGUACGAGGUGCCGAGCACUCCCCUGUGCAGCGCUCGGGACCUCGCCGAGAAAAAGUACAUCCUCUCCAACUCCAACUCCUUCUGCUACGAGAACGAGAUGGCGCUGGAGAACAAGGAGGACACGGACGAGGGGAACGGGGGCAGCGUGGGGCCCGACGGCACGCAGACGGACAACAUCUCAGAGACCGAGCACAGCCAGGCCACGGUGCCGCUCGAGCCCCGGCCUCUGAGGCGAGAGUCCGAGAUAUGACUGUCCACGCCUCACGCGUGAGAGCGUUUCUGAAAACAAAAAUCACCUCUCUGCUCCGGAAGGCUCAAAGACGCCGAGCUGGGCCUCGAGCAGAGGACAAGCCGAACGGUACUGAUGCUGCUGCUGCGGCGGCGGGAGUCCGUCUGAACUCUGACCGCACACAGCACGACAAAACACAGCACUACGAAGCAUGUGCAUAUUGCAGAAUGAAUUCUCCACAAAGUCCCCGUGAAUGUGGGCUCAGCGUCUGGCGGCUGCAAAGAGGAGGACGUUAAACCUGCAGCAGGCAUGUCUCCGUCGCUCUGUCCAGCAAGAACCUCACGAGUUUUUCUUUAAUGCUGCUAGAAAAUAGAGGAAGUUACACGAAAGAGAAAAAGUAAAAGGUUUCGUUUUGAGCAGAGCGCCAAAGAGCAAAGGAAGUCUGGAACAAAGAAGGUACAAGUAUUUGUUCAUGAGCUGGCCUCAUUGCAGACAGUGAGAGAAGUGUCUUUACGCAAUAAACUGACUGUUGAGAGCUGGUCAGACUGAUAGAAACAUGCCUGCCCCACAGAUCAGAUCAGAUCAGAUCAGAUCAGGGUUAGACGGAGAGCCCUUAAUUUAAACUGAGACCUGAGGGGUGAGGGGGGUGGGAUGGGGUGGGGGGGUCCGAAUGUUCUUAAAAAAAAAAAAAGUGCUGCUAAGAUGUUGCUUCUUUUUCUUUUUACGGUUGAUAAAAAAUGCCAAAGAGUAUUAUUAUCAUGUUUCUCCUUAAAUAAAAUAAAAAAAUAAAAUAAAAAAAAAGAACUCCUGAUUAGAUUUGGUACAGAGAAGACAGUAGAGCAUUUAGGGAGUUUUAAUACAGUUUGUUUUUGAAGAACGUGUGUAUAGUUUUAAUUUUUAUAUAUAUUUAGUUUUUUUUUUUGUUUUCUCUUCUCGAGCCACUUCAUCAAAUCUGGACAAUCAAACACACGAGGACGUUUAAAUUAACUUAAUGACAUGUUCUGUAGUGUUUGCUGAACUAAAAUAAAAAAAAAGAAAAAUAGAAAAAAAAACUAUAAUCAAAGGGCCAAUGAUGUUUCUUUUUAAGGCGAAUAAAAGAGACGAUUCGCUUUGAAAAGGUUUUAAGAAUACGACUCGUGCUGCCUUCGUCGCUAUCAACACUACUUGAGUUUUCAUUCUCUGUCACUUUACUGGAGAAUGUAAGACGAGAAAGAAAAAGGAAGGAAGGAAGGAAGCCUCGUUCAAAGCCAGACGUACUGUAACCGUGGCACGUGAAGGUGUACUGCACAUCAAUUUUAAAUUUAUAUCCUUUUAUUAUUAUGUUUUUUGUUUUUAUAAAAAAAAAAGACGGAAAGCCGCUCGGCUCCAUAGAAACUACAUGUGUAAAUACCUCCCUCCCUGCUGCAGUUAUUUUGUAUCAGUCUUCCAAAUGUACUGCAAAACCACAGAAUGUACAGAGUUUGUUUGUUUUUGUUUUUUUGUAUUAAUAUUAUUAUUGUUAUUAUUAUUGUACAUGAUAUUAUAUUGUUCUUUUUUCAAUAAAAUGUCCGUGGACGAUCAGAACCA